AUGGGCUUCUCCUUUCUGCUGGCCAGCGCCCUGGGCGCCCUGGUCCUGGUGCCGCUCUUGCUCUGCCUGGCCUCCCUGAAGCUCUGGCACUUCUAUUGCCUGCGGGGCCGCGAUCCCGCCUGCCCUCUGCCGCUGCCGCCGGGCACUAUGGGGCUGCCCUUCCUGGGGGAAACUCUCCAGCUGGUGCUGCAGCGUCGGAAAUUCCUGUCGACGAAGCGUCGCCAAUACGGCCACAUCUACAAGACGCACCUCUUCGGGAGGCCGACGGUGCGGGUGAUGGGGGUGGAGAACGUGCGGCACAUCCUCUUGGGGGAGCACCGGCUGGUGGCGGUGCACUGGCCGGCUUCGGUGCGCAUCAUCCUGGGCUCCGGCUGCCUCUCCAACCUGCACGACGGUCAGCACAAGCAUCGCAAGAAGGUGAUCAUGAAAGCUUUCUCCCGUGAAGCCUUGGAACAUUACACCCCAGUCAUCCAGGAGGAGGUGUGUGCUUGCUUGAAGCAAUGGCUCUUGGCUAGUUCUGCUAGUGGCACUUGCCUAUUGGUAUACCCGGAAGUUAAGCGCCUCAUGUUCCGGAUUGCAAUGCGCAUUCUACUGGGAUUCCGGCCCAAGGAGGCAGGCUGCAAGAGCGAGCAGCAGCUGGUGGACACCUUUGAAGAGAUGAUCCGCAACCUUUUCUCCCUGCCAAUUUAUGCACCUUUCAGUGGCUUAUAUAAGGGUUUGAAAGCACGGAAUGUCAUCCAUGCCAAAAUUGAGGAGAUCAUUCGAGUGAAAUUGGCCGAGAAGGAGCCCUCCAAUGGUCAUAAAGAUGUGUUGCAGCUGUUGAUAGAGCACGCCCAAAGCAGAGGGGAGCAGCUCAACAUGCAGGAGCUAAAGGAAUCAGCAACCGAACUUCUCUUUGGCGGGCAUGAGACCACAGCUAGUGCAGCCACGUCCUUGCUUAUCUACCUCAGCCUUCACCCUAAAGUGCUACAAAAAGUGAGAAAGGAAUUGCAAGAGAAGGGAUUAUUGGGCAAUUGCAGUCAAGAGAAGCUUUUGGGAAUGGAAGUGCUGGAGCAGCUGAAAUACACCGGCUGUGUUGUCAAAGAGACUAUCCGACUGAGCCCACCAGUUCCAGGAGGGUUCAGAGUGGCCCUCAAAACUUUUGAGCUCAAUAAGUUAUCAACGUUACAGAUGGAAAAUCAGGAAGACAAAUGGCAGCAAACUCAGAAAAAGCCAUUUUCAGGACCAGGGCGCCCAAAGUGUUUAAUAAAUCAACAUGAAAAACGAUAA